AUGGAUAAGUUUUUGAAUUCUAGUAGAAAACGUGAUAAUCCAGAAGUAAUUUCAAAUAUUGAAAAGAAACAAAAAAUCAGAAAAUAUGAUGAUAGUUAUUUGAAUUUCGGAUUUACUAGCACUGUUGUUGCAAACGUAGAACAUCCCCAGUGUGUUGUUUGUUUGAAAGUAAUGGCUGUAGAAAGUAUGCUUCCAAAUAAAAUGAAACGCCAUUUGGAGACAGUUCAUGGACAUUUGGUGAACAAACCACGUGAUUAUUUCGUAUCAAAAUUAAAAGCUAUGGCUCAACAAAAACAUAUUUUUACAAAACAAGCUACAAUUCCUUCUAAAGCACUACUUUCUUCCUAUAAAGUAGCUUGGCGAAUAGCAAAGAGUAAAAAACCUCAUACUAUCGCAGAAAAUCUAAUUUUACCAGCCGCUAUGGAUAUGGUGUCUAUUAUGAUUGGGGAUGCUGCUGCUAAACAACUUCAAAAUGUGCCAUUAUCAGAUAAUACUAUUAGUCGUAGAAUACAAGAUAUGGCUGAAGACAUCAAUGAUCAAUUAAUUGAAAAACUAAUAGGAAAUGACUUCGCCAUUCAACUGGAUGAAGCAACUGACAGCCAUAAUGAUGCCCAUCUUAUUUGUUAUGUAAGGGUCGCAGUUAUCAAAAGUAAAUACAGAGGAAAACUAAAUACCGAAAAGGAAAUGAGAAUCGCACUAUCAAAAUUUACCCCACGAUUUGAUGAUUUAAUGCAACAAAAACAAGCACAGCCGUCCCAUUAA